AUGCCCACAGUGCGGUGUGCGCUUGGCUUGACCCCGUUCGUGUGCCAGGACGAAACGGUGAGUGGCCUGCACUGCACUGUUGUCAGCGAUCUGCUGGCGGUCACUCCACGGGUCGAACUGGAGGAUACCAGCACGAACGGCACCUUCCUGGAUGAUAUCAAGCUGACAAAGGGUGUCCUGGUUCCGCUGGCGGCUGGUGCGGUGAUACGUUUGGGUGCCAGGAUCCGAUUCCGAUUGCAGCUGUGCAACGAGUCGGCAGAGCCUGCUGAACCUCGCACAUCCCAUCGCCAGGCGCUGCAGCGACUCAACCCAUUGCGGCAUGAUGCUGACGAUCCCGUGGAAGAUGGUGAUUCUGAGAAGGUGGCAAUAGCCGUGGAGUUGCCGCCACCGCCCAUGAUCGUCGGAACUGCGCAAGGUAAGCCUGCAGAAGUCCAUGGAAGGUCGACGGCUGAAGGGACGGCGGCAUGCAAGGACGAGGUCGAGGUCUCAAAGCCGCAAGGUCGCAGCCGGUUGUUGGUACUCCCUGGCCACGUCCCUCCUCUGAAACGCCCGCGACCAAGCGAGAGGAUUGGUGGCUGA